UGCAUUCCAACCUAGCUAGGUUGAGUGUGUUAUCUCGAUUUCUCUCUCUUACUCUUUUGUCAAUCUACGAGGUUCAAACGCUCGCAAUUUCUCUUCGCCGAAAAUAUUGUUUUUUCUGCUAACAAAAUUUCUUUGCAGCCUCUUCGCAAACCCUAACCCUCACACCCCUCACUCUCUCUAAUAUUCCUUCGAUUUCCUCUUCUCGCAGAAUAUGGGAGAAACCAAGGACGAAGGAUACGAGGAGGAGCUUCUUGACUACGAAGAGGAGGACGAGAAGGCACCUGACUCCGUUGGAACCAAAGUCAACGGUGAAGCUGCCAAGAAGGGCUAUGUUGGUAUCCACAGUUCAGGAUUCAGAGACUUCCUUCUGAAGCCAGAGCUUCUCCGGGCUAUUGUGGACUCUGGAUUUGAGCAUCCUUCCGAAGUGCAACACGAAUGCAUACCUCAGGCAAUCCUUGGAAUGGAUGUGAUUUGUCAAGCUAAAUCUGGAAUGGGAAAAACUGCAGUGUUUGUUCUUUCAACUUUGCAGCAGAUUGACCCUGUUGCAGGACAAGUUUCUGCACUUGUUCUGUGCCACACUAGGGAAUUGGCAUACCAGAUAUGCCAUGAGUUUCAGAGGUUCAGCACUUACUUACCUGAUCUCAAGGUUGCUGUCUUCUAUGGAGGUGUCAACAUUAAAGUUCAUAAGGAUCUACUGAAGAAUGAAUGCCCUCAUAUUGUUGUUGGUACACCUGGAAGAAUACUAGCACUAGCUAGGGACAAGGACCUUUCAUUGAAGAAUGUUAGGCAUUUCAUUUUAGAUGAAUGUGAUAAGAUGCUGGAAUCACUGGACAUGAGAAAAGAUGUGCAAGACAUUUUCAAGAUGACUCCCCAUGAUAAGCAAGUGAUGAUGUUUUCUGCAACACUUAGCAAGGAAAUUCGUCCCGUCUGCAAGAAAUUUAUGCAAGAUCCAAUGGAAAUUUAUGUUGACGAUGAAGCCAAGUUGACCCUUCAUGGACUUGUGCAGCACUAUAUUAAAUUGAAAGAGGAGGAAAAGAACAGGAAGCUGAAUGACCUUCUUGAUGCAUUGGACUUUAAUCAAGUUGUGAUAUUUGUUAAAAGUGUUAGCAGAGCAGCUGAGCUUGACAAACUACUUGUGGAGUGCAACUUCCCAUCAAUAUGUAUUCAUUCUGGAAUGUCCCAGGAAGAAAGGUUAAAGCGAUACAAAGGUUUUAAGGAGGGCCACACUAGGAUUCUUGUGGCUACAGAUUUGGUCGGUAGGGGAAUUGACAUCGAACGUGUGAACAUAGUUAUAAACUAUGACAUGCCCGAUUCUGCAGACACUUACUUGCACAGAGUAGGUCGAGCUGGAAGGUUUGGCACGAAGGGCCUAGCAAUUACAUUUGUUUCAUGUGCUAAUGACGUUGAUGUCCUCAACAAUGUUCAGUCCAGGUUUGAGGUUGAUAUUAAGCAACUUCCUGAGCAGAUUGAUACCUCUACCUACAUGCCAUCUUGAAUACCACGCUGGUGAAGAGUCAAUCUCAUGGAUGCAACGAAUUUAUCUUUUCGGCAUUCAGCGGCCCAAGGCUCCAAAACCACUGAGCCCAUUUUGAGCCUUGUGUAGUUUUAUGUUCUAUCAUGACCAUUUUAUUAUUAGGGGUUUUUGUUGCUAUUAGGAUUUUGCGGUAUCCUGGCUAUUAAUUUGUGGGAUUCAAAUUCUGUACUCUGUAUUCUGUAGAUGUUUGCACCUUAGGGCCUCGACUGUUUCUUCAAGAACUUGUGUUUUGAAUUAUUAUGGUAGUGAACGAAGUGGUCUUUUAUUUGUUUA